AAAUAUUCUCAUUUACUUGAGUUUGCUAAAUUUAUUUCCUGAAAGAGCUCAGAACUACGCACUCUUAAUCCCUCAUCAUCAACACUCUAAUAGGCUAACAGGCUAAUAGUUGGGUCUCUUUUCUUUUCUGUUCAGUUGUUAAAUUUUAUGGAGCAGACUCUGAUGUGAAAGAAAGGCGAAGUCACAGCCUUUCUCGACAGGGAGGAGGAUUACAGGAAGGUCUCUGAGCCACAGCUUAUCACACCCCAUCCAGCCUCCGGACGCACUCCAGUCUCUGCUGUGCGCUUCGCAGCUCAGAAAAUGGAAAGUAAAAUAAACGGAAGGAUGAGCACCAUCAGUACUCCGAUCGCUGAUUCAACCGAUACAAGAGUAAGUGACUUGAUGGAAGCUGGGAACAGUAAUAGUAAAUUAUCUAACGAUUCGCAGUCUUUAACUUGCAUGUCCUCCUCCGUGCGUAAUUUUGGAAACGGCGGCACACUGAUCCACGGUCUAAAUUCAAGUGGCGACGGCGCAGUUUUCAAAGACUGUAACAUACUCGAUGGUUCACUCGCUACAAAACACUUUUAUGACCGUAGCGGUGAAUAUCUGAAGUGUGACAGUGUGCCGUGGGAGGAUUUUGUAAAAGUUCAGAGGACGAAUGUAGCCACAUCCGAAAGUUUGUCAGGCGCAAGUGUAAGUCUCUCCUCGACCACCGGUGCGUGUAAGUUCAUCAAAGACGAAAAGGAGCCUUCUGUGAUUAUGGACACCCCCUGUCCCACCUUUGAGCCAUCAUCGGAGAUAUUUCCUCUUGACACCUGCUGUGACACCGACAGGAAGCAGCAGCUGGGGCUCAGUGGCUGCGAGUCCACAAGCUUCAGGUCGACCCCGGCGGGUCCUCCGCCUGGGCUGGAAGGAUCUCCAAACUUUUUGAUUGACCUGAACCAGUCGGAGCAGCUGAGCCAGGUGAGGACGGACUCCAGGUGUGCUCUGUCCGGGAAGACUUCCAUCAACUUUGACGCCAACACGCACGCAGCCUCGCAACAGAUGAUGUACAAGAACGAGGCUCCCCGUUGGCAGAUGCAGACAUCUCCGGCUGAGCCUCAGUACUGGUGCCAGUCCGCAGGGGUGACCGAGGACCCGUUCACACACCGCGGCUAUGAUGGGAUCCAGAACCAGGCCCUGUCCCAGAGGAACCCUUCACCUUUCUCUGCAUUCCCCGGUAUGCCACCUCAGAGACUGUGUGUGAUCUGUGGCGAUGAGGCAUCUGGUUGCCACUAUGGAGUCUUAACCUGUGGGAGCUGUAAAGUCUUUUUUAAAAGAGCAGUUGAAGGCAGUCAUAGCUAUCUCUGCGCUGGGCGAAAUGACUGCAUUGUGGACAAAAUCCGGAGGAAGAAUUGCCCUGCGUGUCGCCUGCGAAAGUGCUAUCAAGCGGGAAUGAUGCUUGGAGGCAGGAAGUUGAAGCGUUUCGGGGCCUUGAAAGCCUUCGGUUUGGCCCCGUCCCUGAUGUUCCAGUCCCAUUUGGCCAUGUCCAGUGACGGCCAGGCCUUGACCUCCAUGUCUUGCAUACCAGGCAUCCGUGAGGUGCAACUCACCCAACAGAUCAUCAAUAUCCUGGAAAACAUCGAACCAGAGAUCAUGUACUCCGGUUAUGACAGCUCGCAGCCCGAUGCUCCCCAUCUUCUGCUCACCAGUCUCAACAGGCUGUGUGAGAAACAGCUGCUGUGGAUUGUCAAGUGGUCCAAGUCCUUGCCAGGGUUUCGUAAUCUUCAUAUCACUGAUCAGAUGACCCUCAUCCAGUACUCGUGGAUGAACCUCAUGGUGUUCUCGCUUGGGUGGCGCUCCUUUCAGAAUGUCACCAGUGAAUAUCUAUACUUCGCACCUGAUCUGGUUCUUAGUCAGGAGCAAAUGAGGAGAUCUCCCAUUUACGAGCUCUGCCUGGCAAUACAGUUUAUUCCUCAGGAGUUUGCAAAUCUUCAAGUCACCCGCGAGGAGUUUCUCUGCAUGAAAGCCAUAAUACUACUCAACACAGUGCCUCUUGAGGGACUCAAAAGCCAGGCAGUCUUUGAAGAGAUGAGACAAAACUACGUCCGGGAGCUGACCAAGGCUAUCCACAUGAGGGAGAAGGGCAUGGUUGCCAGCUCACAGCGAUUCUACCACCUCACCAAACUGAUGGACGCCAUGCAUGAUAUAGUGAAGAAGGUCAACCUGUUCUGUCUGAGCACCUUCAUCCAGGCAGACGCCAUGAAAGUGGAGUUUCCAGAGAUGAUGUCAGAGGUCAUUGCCUCCCAGCUUCCCAAGGUCCUGGCAGGCAUGGUGAGGCCCCUCUUAUUCCACACCAAGUGAUGAUGCCGGCUCAGACGUCACAACUCUGCGGAGACAACUUGCGACUGGAUUAUUCACAAUUAUAAAUAUAGUCGGUCAUCUGUACUUUGCCAAACUGCCUCUAAUGCUCUUUAUGAGGUAAACUAUAAUGAACACAUUCCUUAAAAUACAGUUUUUAGUAGAGAACUAUCUCAUAUAUUAUAAAUUCAGAGGCAUCGUUUAUUAAAGGUCCUCUGUUUAAAUUCUGGAGUAGCCACCCUCUCCCAUCCUACAGCUUGUGUACAGAUGGUACUUACUAGCUGAUAUACAGUAGGUUUUGAGAACCCUUAGAGAUACUGAUAUUUUUGUACUGAAGCUGUAAAAAAGAAAAAAAAAAAUCAAACAGAAAAUUUCAGGAUUUAUUCUCACCAAAAUUGUAUUCUUAAUAAAGGAAAAUCACAGGAGACACUGAAACCUGCUGCUUAAACUAAUGAAAAGCUUUUAUGGUUCACAGCAGAGCAACUUAAUGCACCUAUUUCAGGGAGGAGAGACAGAAAGAUAACUGUCUUUAAAAUGUGUGUGUUUAAAAAAAGUAAGCUUAAGUGAACUACAAAUAAUUCAGUCACCGCACAUCUCUGCCAGCACUGCACAAUAUGCCUUAAAUGUGUUAUUUUUUUUAAAAAUGGAACGGAUUUAAGAUUUUUUAUUCUGCAUCUGGAUCUGAAUCAAAAUACACACAAUGACAGAUGUCAGAAGGAUGCAUGUGACAAAUUUAAUUCAAGUGAGUGCAGUAGUUCAUGAAAAAAUGUAAAAAAAAAAAAAAAAACCAAAAGUGUUCAAUGUAUUUAACAAUGUCAAGAAAAACCUUUAAAAAAUUCUGGAACAGCAUUCACAUGUGUAACAACAGCUGAUCACCUCUCCUUCGUCCAAUAAUCGUACUUUACACCAAAUUCUAUUUAAGUCAGUUAAGCUUAAGCGGGAUGUAACACAUAAGUGCCAUGGUAAUGAAAAUGUGCAAUAAAAACAAAUUUUCACGAAGGAAGGUAUAGAAGAUAACUACAUUAUCCGUCAGUCUAAUCCUAGACUUUCUCAGUGAUAAACACAACCAUGUCUUAAAGUAGGGACACAUGGAGACAAAUACAUUUCACCUUCCAACAGUCAGUCAGUCACAGGACUUUCUCACCAUUCUGUUUUAGAUGUUGAAUUUAGAGUUCCUUGCUGCAGUGAGCACAAAAUAUACUCACUAAUUGUGACAAAGGAUUUGGACCACAGGUCUAAUAAAUCACUCUGUUUAUUUAUAGAAAUGUUUUUGCACCUUCAAGACACAGUAGAUGAUUGCAAGGAAACAAGCUUGCCAUAUAAAAAAAAAAAAAAGAAGGGGGAUGCCAAAUGUUACAUAUUCAGGAUGUGGAUGUCAUUUCCCUGAUAUGCUCCUCCAAAUUCAGACUGUAAGGGAGUAUUAUUCCAGCAUCACUGUUCAAGGCCAUUUCACAUUCUUAAAGAUGUAAAAGAACAUCCUGAUCUUGGGAAGUGAGAGAUCUCAAAUAACUUUCCAAAUAAAUUUUUGGCCACCAGAGAAAGUUUUACUUUGGAGUAAACCUUCAGUUUGUAAUAACUGAAGAACGAAAAGGUUGUGAUUAUUUUUUUUCUUUUAACUUUUCCUGAAAUAAUAUCACUUUUUAGAUGAUUAUGUCUUUGGAAAUGUUGUGACAGUAAUAGAAAAUUAAAUAUUAAACAGCAUCUUUACCAUAAUAUAAUCUGCUAAAUGUCUAGUUGUCAUUACUAGUACACCAGUGUACCAGUGAGUACAGUACCACAACAAGCAUUAAAGGUGAAGGUUCCACCUCAUGAACAUUGCGUUCAUGACAGUAUAAAAAAAACACAUUUUUACAUAUGGCAUAUGU